CCCACACCCGCAUCCACACCCGCAUCCACCACCGCCAAGCACAAGCAGGAGAGCCAUAGUCUGCCGUCGCCAGCGAGAACACACCGGUUCAACUCCACCUGUGCAUCCACACCAGAGAUACCCUGACCCGCCUCACCAAACGAUGCAGAAUCCCGACGCUUACGACUGGUACAUCAGUCCGGCCGACCGCUUCAACUACGAGACUCAAUUCACCCGGAACAACUCGGACGAUGUUGAGAUUACACUGCAGCAGAUGGAGAACAUCUACAACACCUCUCGGAUCAGCCUCGAGGAUUUCCAGUAUAUAUGGAAUCUGGUCAAUAUCCGCGGAAACCAGGCCAUCAACAAGGAGCAGUUUGUGGUGUUUCUCCAUGUUCUCAAUUCGAAACGAAGGGGCAAGCCCUUCCCCACAGGCCUAACUCUCAGCAUGAAGGAGUCUUUUUUGAAAGAGGACUCGAAGCCGUCUGAUCGAAUGUAUGUGCGACCAUCAACAUCGACACGCGACGUUGCUUCGUUUGAAAACAAAGACAUUGCUGGACUCGAGGCGUCGAUCCAAGAGCUCGACCGAGAGAUGACCCAGUCCAGGGCCCUCCGCGACGAAACCGAGAAGCGGAUUGCAGAGCUCAAGAUCGUCAAAGCCGAACUGGCUGAUCUCGCCGAGUUCAAGCGGAAGCAUCUGGCUGCAAUCAAGGCCGACAACGAAGCGCUGCUCGAGUCCGAAAAGGUUGCUGUCGGUGGUCGCGAUCUCGAUGAAACGUCGCUGCUGCUCUUGAUCGAUCGCCUGAAAGAGCAAAGGCGGGUUCUGGAGAUUAAAAAGUCCACCGCUCAGGCAAUGCUGACCGACAGCCAGUUGGAGCUCACCAGGGCAGGUUGACGACGGCGUGACAACAGCAAAGGCUUAACCAUGCAGCGCUCGCAGCAGUCGAAUGGGGAGGGGCGGCUCCCCGCUUCAUUCUCGGAUGCCUCCGUUCGUUUUUUUUCUCUCUCUCUCUGAAUCCCGAAUACACUCAUGCUCAUGUGGUGUGUCCAACAACCUCGCC